AUGAACCCGGUUUUUAAAAAAAAGUUCGAAUAUUUUUUUUUAAAAUUAUCAAUAAAAUACCUUGCUACGAAUUGUGGGAACUGCAUAUGUGAUUUCGAACGUAAUGAAGUUGUUACUCGCGAAGCGAUGAGAAGUAGUGAUUUACUUAAUCAAAGGGGAAAACUAAUGGACUUUCGUGCUGUUACUUUUGUCUGGAAACAUAAAGCUGUCUUCGACGUUGCACGUCUUGAUGGUGAAGUACACGUACCCGUUUAUAAACGUGUACAUAACCCUCCUCCUGAAGCGAAUAUUUAUUUAUGCUUCAGACGUUUGGGCUCGAAACUUUUUUCUUAG